AUGAGAAUCCUUCCUAUCCUCCUGGGGCUCACGCAAUCCCAGAAAACUCAAGAUCACCAUGCAUACCAGCAAAACUCAAGUGCCAUGGUCUCCCCAGCAAAUAUCACGCGUGUUACUUCAGUUAUAGCCCAGGAGUCGCGUCCUCACAUCGUACAACCAUCAAACACUCAACACACGCAACUCCCCCCUCGACAACUCCCACCUCCUUCUCAGGUACAACCACAUCAUUCUCAGGCAACAGGAACUCGCUCAGAAGUCCAAGCGCGCAAAAAGUCUCAAAAACGCAACAGCGGCCGCGGUCCAAUCACCACAACUAGCUCGACCACAAACACUUCAAUACCAACACAGACACCCACCACCACUACACAAGCCAUUGUUAGUCUCUUUCUCCCCAACUCACUCAGAGGAGAGAAAGAUCGCUCGCAACUAACACCAUCGAAUCUUCCAACCUCGGAAGAGAUGAUGAACAAGUCCUCUGUUGAGCUACGCAUCCUUGCAUCUAAGCAUGCUAAGGGGUCUACUGUACCUCCAGACAAGCAAAAACUCAUCAUGUGUUUGUACAAAGAGUUAGAUAAGUACGCCAACUAUGGAGCAUAUAGAGAUGCCUCAGGUGUAGCAAGUGGAGAGGCCUCAAAGUUUGCUUCGGUCAAAUGGAAUGAGAUGUCUAAAGAAGAGCAAGAUUCUUACAAAGUAGGGAAUCAAACUACAAACAGUGCGACUAGUUCCAACACCAUCGAUUCUGCAUCCGAUGCCAACACAAAUACAUCCUCAACAACAAAGGAACCUGUUUACCACAAUGCACAAGCCAAAAAUCUCUCUUUGGCAAACACACAAAUAGCUGUCAACAACUUCAUGAUCAAGUGGCAAGAAGAGGCCAGAGAUGUAGCUGCAACAUAUGAGGGAGAUUUUCUCAUCAUUGGUGUAUCAAAUUACUUGGGCAAUUAUGCCUAUCAAAUUGCUCGAGGGACACCGCGCGCUUUAAAGUGGCUGGAUAACAACAAAAGUUGCAACCAAAUGAACCACAUCGCCGCACAAUUACAAUCAUAUGUUACUGGAACUGAGGCUGGCCUGCUCAUGUCAAGUAAAGCUAAAGUUGAUGACAGGACUAAAUGUCGAGAAGCCCUGUCUGAUUUGAUACAUACACGGACAAAAAGAGCGUUUGAGAAGUGGCCUUGGAAAGGUUGUGAACAGAAACUAGCCGUUAAAGGCUACUUUAUACAAUUUGACCCGGAUUCAAAAUCACAAGCAAGCGAUAUCACACAAGAUAAUAACAAGAUCCUAAUUCUGGAAACCGAAGCUGGUCCCAUCCGAAACGCCAAACGGAAACGCAACCACAACAGUGACCCUGAUGAUACGCCUACAGCUACAUCCCCGACUGUCGAUACAACCUCCCCUUCCACCGAUAAUCCAGCAGAUCAUCCACCUCCCACUUCGAACACCGCCUCCACAGCCAUUAUUGCUGAUGAGACACCUAUCACCAAUAACUCUACGACUGGUAACACACCCAUUGCUGACGACCCACCCAUUCCCAUUAGCACAACAGCUGCUACCAUCAAUGUCACACUUAUCGCCGGCAACACCACCUGA